CAGACAACUUCUCUCUGUUUCUAUAUCCCUUCUUCUGUGUGGUUGCUUUUCGAUAUAUCUCUAUAUAUUUCUUCCGUUUUUUGACCAGAUAUUCAUUCCAAGAUUAACCCAAUUCUCUUUUCGUACCAGAUGUUAAGAAAAAGGUGAAAAACUACUUGCCAUACCAAGCCAUAUCACAGAGAAGAAUUAAAUACUACCAUAUAAGAUUUUUUAAGGAUUUUGCAGGAGAUUUGAUUCGAGGAUAAACGUAGAAGAGAAUGAAGAACUCGGUUUCGGAUCAGAGUUUCUGCAUCGAGAGUGAAGAUGAAGAAGAAGAAGUGGAGAAGCUAGAGGAUAACAGACAUGGAGAAGAUGAUGCCAAUGAGAAUGAUUUUUAUACCUACUUUUCUUCAGCUGAGAAUCUGCAACAAAACAAACCCAGUUCUCAUCACACCAGUCAAUGGCCUCAAAGUUACAGGCAGUCUAUUGAUUUGUAUAGUAGUGUACCAUCUCCCACCAUUGGAUUCUUGGGCACUCCUACACUAUCAAGACUAGGGAGUUCGUUUCUCUCAUCGUCGUUAACUCGAAGGUUUACACCAGAAACACUACAUGCGCCGGCGAAGAAACCAUUACUACCACUGUCGUUAGAUGACGAAAUACAACCGCAUAAAUGUAGUACGCACUCUUUGGUGCCAUCGAGGAAACCAUCGGUAAAAUUCGAUGACAAAAUCUACGAGGUCGACCAUGGCCAUGGAAUCCCCCUCGGUCGCCAGAGUUCGUAUGGUCAAGCAGUGAUGAAUGGGAUCAAUGUGCUAUGUGGUGUUGGAAUCCUUUCCACCCCAUAUGCUGCUAAGGAAGGAGGCUGGUUAGGGCUUAUAAUAUUAUUAACAUUUGCUGUGCUUUCUUUUUACACUGGCCUGCUUCUGCGCCAAUGUCUGGAUAGCUCACCUGAGCUUGCUACUUACCCUGAUAUCGGUCAAAAGGCGUUCGGUGCCGCCGGUAGAAUUACCCUUUCGAUAAUUUUGUAUGUGGAGUUAUAUGCUUCUUGUGUUGACUAUAUAAUUCUAGAGGGUGAUAAUUUAUCAUCCUUAUUCCCAAAUGCACAUCUUAGUUUGGGCGGAUUCGAGUUGAGCUCACAUCGUCUCUUCUGUUUGAUGACGACUCUUUCCGUUCUUCCGACGGUUUGGCUCAGAGACCUCAGUGUUCUUAGUUAUAUAUCAGCUGGUGGAGUUUUUGCAUCAUUUUUGGUGGUCAUUUGCUUGUUUUGGGUUGGCUUGGUAGACCAAGUUGGGUUUCAUAACAAAGGGACACCAUUGAAUUUGGCUACUCUUCCGGUCGCAGUUGGACUCUACGGCUUCUGCUACUCGGGCCACGCUGUUUUCCCAAAUAUAUACACUUCAAUGGCUGAACCAGCUAAAUUCAAUUCAGUACUCUUAUCAUGUUUCGGAAUCUGUACUUUGUUGUAUGCUGGAACUGCAGUUAUGGGGUACAAAAUGUUCGGCGAAGCAACAGAAUCUCAAUUUACACUUAACAUGCCUAAAGAUCUGAUUGCUUCUAAGAUUGCCGUAUGGGCGACGGUUGUCAAUCCAUUUACCAAAUAUGCAUUAACCUUGUCUCCAGUAGCAAUGAGUCUUGAGGAAUUGUUACCAUCACGCCAUCUCAAGUCCCACAUCUACCCUAUCUUGAUUCGAACAUUGCUGGUGAUGUCGACCUUGCUCGUCGGUCUUAGCGUUCCCUUCUUUGGCUUGGUGUUGUCUUUGAUAGGAUCCUUACUCACAAUGCUUGUUACCUUGAUACUCCCCCCUGCUUGUUAUUUAAGCAUACUGAGAGGCAAAGUAGGCCGUAUUCAGGCUGCAAUUUGUAUUAUAAUUAUUGCAGUGGGAGUAGUUUCAUCAGCCUUUGGAACAUACUCAGCGCUAACCAAGAUUGUUGAGAAUUUGAGAAAAUGAGAAUCUUUAACUAAAUUUCCUCAUUUUUGAACUGCUUUUUGAGUGAAUUCUGGAAUUU